UCUCUCUCUCUCUCUCCGAAUAAAACCGACGGUUUCCGCGAAUGUGCGAGCUGCCUCCUCGCAAGCAGCCAUAAUUGGGAUUAUUCAGGAAUAAUUCGCCUAAUCCAGCCGCGUUGUUUUUUUUGGUUUUCCUCUUCUUUUUUUUUCAACCACUCCAAAAAACCAAAAAAUAAAAUAAUGAAAUGGUGAUCUCGACAGCGUUGACGAUGUGAAUUUCCUCGUGACAUCGCUGGAUGUGUCCAAAAUGUAUUUGUUCUGUCAUGGAGGCUUUUUUUUUUUAUUGUGGACUAUUGAGAUGUAGUCCACCUUCGCUGGACAGCAAAACAAAGACUGCAUAUUGACAGUUCAGGGUAAAUACAUCGCCUUUUUUUUCCCUUCUUUUUUUUUUUUUCUGUCUGACUGAAAGAUGGGAAAAAGAGACGUAUCGAGGCUGUUGUCUGUGUGGACUAAUUGUUCUGGUGCCACUAGCCAAUAUACACGCCAAGACGAUUCAUUUAGGGGAUGCGCGACCUUUUUUUCCUCUCUACCGUUUGUGGGUGGGUUAUUAUAAGCAUUGAAAAUCUGACAUCAUUUGGAUAUAUGAACAGAACAAGAUAUAUCUUCUUUUAUCGCGUCUGUUUCUAGGCUACUGGAAAUCCAUCUUCGACGUGAUGCAACAUAAAAUCUGUUUUCUCGGAUGAUAUUCAGACACAGAGCAAAUGAACACAUCCCUCUGUAUGAAACUGUAAAAAGGGUGGCAGUGGAUGGUUGUCUUUUUUAUAUAUAUAUAUAUAUAUACAUGUCUCUCAAAUGUUGGUUUAAUGACAGAGUCCUCAUCCUGGACUGUUUGAUCAGCUGUUGAUUAUUAAGAUAGCCUCUACCCGUCUUAUGUUUAUUAUAUGUUGCUCAAUUUCGAUCUCCUCGCGAUGGAUUUAUGCAUAACAGGUGUUGUUUGAGCCCGAGAGCACACAGCAAGAGCAUGAGGCUUUAUUAUGUGUUUUUCUCUCGAUUUGACAAACAGUGAAACAAAGCGACUGGGAUCAUUUUUCUGUUUUUGCCGUGAGAGAAGAACAGAUCCAAAAAAGAUGAGAGGAUGAAAGUCUGUGUUUCAGGCCUAGCUGACAUGGCAGCCAUCUAAUCAGGUGAAAUGAUAUUUGUCAAGGUGGCAGAGGGCUGUUAUGUAUUGGGGGGGAAAUAAGCCUACAGUUACAGCAAAUCAUACUGUGUUUCAUGGCCUACAUAGACAAGGCCCACCCAGACAAGCACAGCUAUGUUUUAUUAUCAGCUUCCGCCUUGAAAUGUGCUUUUGAAGGGAGGCUGCAUCUCAAAUUUGUUUUUUAUUUUUUUCCUAUUGAAUUUUCAUGUUUUUAAUAGUGUCUUCUUUAACAAAAGCUGAUUGUGGGCUCCUUGCUAAAACACUGAGGCCUUGACUAUGAAAAUCACAACGAUAACUUCCUCCUCCUGUUGAGUAAAAUUCCACACUUCACACGUAGGCCUACGGUAAAAAAAAAAAAAACCAAAUGGCUGCCUGCUCUGCUUCAUUAUAUUCUCAUAUUUGUCAUGUGCUGUGAAUGGUACAGAUUACACCCUCUGCUCUUUAACUGUCAUGCACAUACACACGCACAGAGCAGCAGAGAGAAAGCAUAAAAUGUUCUUUUGCUCAUUUACAACAUCUCUGUUUGUUGGACAAGCCCAGUGUUGGUUGUACAGUGUCUGCUCCAUCCCCCUGUACACCCCCAUGCAUUCACUCAAACACCCACACUUGCACAAAGUAUGUGAGCUGUUGUAUCUUAGCAACGGGCAAGGUAAUUACUGAGAGAGCCAAGGAGCUGGCAUGCUGUAGAGCUGCUGAUCUGAUCCCAGCCAUAGAGAAACAGGAAGGCAGAGAUUUCCACUGUGUUGCCCAACACAGCACUUCUAUAUCAAUGCUGUUAAAUGUGGUGAGGUUGUGGACAAAGAGGAAAGAUGAGUCUGUCAUGUAGAAAAGAUCCUCACAGCCUCUCCUUAUAAAGACGAGAGAGCCGCGGGAGACGACGGCUGUAGGAGGAUCAGUAUUGUUUAUAAAGGGCCCAAACCAGGCAGGCUCUUGCAGAAGGUGAUAGAAUGGCUAACCAGAGCUUUGCCAUCGAUGGCCCCGGUAGUUUGCUGGCUGUGCUGGCCUCGCAGAGUGGACUGGCAAGAGGCGGCAGCAGCAGCAGCAGUGACAGCAGCAGCAACAGUGGAGGAAUCUCUGCCACAGAUGUGUCUGCCUACUUUAAGCUGGUCUUCUUGGGUUUGAUCAUCUGUGUCAGCCUUGUAGGCAACCUCUUGGUCUCCCUGCUGGUCCUACGAGACAGGACACUUCACAAGGCUCCCUACUUCUUUCUCCUGGACCUGUGCCUGGCCGAUGCAGUUCGCUCUGCUGCCUGCUUCCCCUUUGUGCUGGUUUCCGUCCACAACAGCUCGGCCUGGACUUACAGUGCCUUGAGUUGUAAAGUUGUGGCUUUUAUGGCUGUGCUGUUUUGUUUUCACGCUGCCUUCAUGCUGUUUUGUGUGGCUGUCACCCGCUACCUUGCCAUCGCCCACCACCGAUUCUACGCCAAGCGCAUGACCAUCUGGACCUGCGCCGCCAUCAUUUGCAUGGUGUGGACUCUGGCCGUUGCCAUGGCGUUCCCACCUGUCUUUGAUGUGGGGACAUACAAGUUCAUCCGUGAUGAGGAUCAGUGCAUUUUUGAACACCGCUACCUGAAGACCAACGACACCCUGGGCUUCAUGCUCAUGCUGGCUGUGGUGGUCCUGGCUACCCACGGUUUCUACGCCAAGCUGCUGCUGUUUGAGUACAGGCACCGCAAGAUGAAACCCGUCCAGCUAGUGCCAGCUAUCAGCCAGAACUGGACCUUCCACGGUCCUGGGGCCACAGGUCAAGCUGCAGCUAACUGGAUUGCAGGGUUCGGUCGUGGCCCCAUGCCACCCACUCUGCUGGGCAUCAGGCAAAAUUUACACAAUCAACACCGGCGGCUGCUCGGGAUGGAAGAGGUGAGGUCAGAGAGGAGGCUGGGCAGGAUGUUCUACACCAUCACCCUGCUCUUCCUGGUCCUCUGGGCUCCCUACAUUGUGGCGUGCUUCUGGAGGGUGUUCGUCAAGUCCUGCACCAUCCCUCACAGGUACCUUUCCAUCACAGUGUGGAUGAGCUUUGCCCAAGCCGGAGUCAACCCCAUCUUCUGUCUCCUGCUCAACGAGGACCUGAGGAAAGUGCUGAGAGCUCACCUGCCAACCUACUGGAGGACUAAACAACACCUGCCCCAGGACGAGGCCUACUGCAUUAUGUGAUAAGAUAAGAGCUUAAUGAAGAGAAUGUUUCAGGUUUUAAAGGGAAAUUAGGAGAAUAGACGUGAUGUAACGCACCUUGGUUAAGUGUCUGUUUUUGUUGUUUUGCACAACAAAAUCAAUUUUUUGCCAACAAAUGCAGGCACAGUGCCAUUUCAUUAAGAAUGUUGAUAUUUGAAUAAAUGUGUCAGGUGCACAGGUUUGAACAGGGCAAUAGAGAAGCCCUGGUAAAAACUUAAAUGGUUCGUAUUUCUGAUGAUGUACUGUAAGAUUAAUACGUAGGAAAGAUCACAACAAUCACCAAUCCAACUAAGUGUGACAGAUGCCAUUUUAAAAUAAUGUUGCCUUAUUUCAAUGGGACACGCCCCAGAGCUUUCAACUGAGAAUUAGUUUCUGUGUCACAUGAGGCACAAAACAGACACACAGAGGUUUGAAAUCCUUGAAGAAAUGUGCUGUGGACUGUGAAUAGAAAGCGUUGAUCAGAGCGUUACUAACUCUGAAACACAUCAAGGAACUAAAAGGGUCUGAAUGGAUUGAUAAACCACCCAGGACGCCUUUUCAUGUAAUUCAAAAGAGACUGCAGAAUAUCGAAUGGACCCAAUAACCUUGGAUACAUUUAAAUAGCUGUUGUGAACCCAAGAAGCCCCUAACAUGCUUGAUUUUUUGGACUUGAUUUAGGGCGUGUCAGGUUUCUUUGUAUCAUAAAAAAAUUGCCUGUUUUCCUUUAUUUGUAAACUAUACAUGUUAAGCAGAUGACACUAUUUUGAAAUAUGACUUGAUUUCAUAUUGUAUAGACUGUACAGGAAUGUAUAUUCCUGCUUGUGUGUUUUUAUAUAGCAAUUGUGUGUAUGUGUGUGCGAGAGGAAGAGGUAGAAGGAGAGGAGAGGAGGCAGGGAGAAACAUGAGAGAAAUAAUGAUGAUAGAAUAGGUUCCAGUAAUAUUGAGUCAGUAUGAAAGCAGCCUCAUCUUGGUGUCUCAAAAUCAUGCAAAAUUGAACAAUCAUCAUAUGGAAAUUUAUCCUUUAAAUGGAUUUCCGUAACUGAAAAUGUAGUCUGAUUUUUAAUGGUAAUGUGCAAGCAAAUGUGAACUAUAGAUGGAUAAUGAAAAAGGGGACCGAAUAAUUAGAAAAACAACACUUGUACAUUGCAAACAGGCCAUAGGAUUUAAUGACUUGAAUGAUGAUGAUUACGUCGUUUUAAAAAAUCAUUAGCAAAUGAACAUUUAUUUGCAAAUGAUGAUCUUGGGAAUGUUUUUAAAGUACUGUUAUGCUCUCACCAGAAUAUGAAAAAAAAUGAAGAAAUUAAGUGUCACUUAAUGUGAAGGAAACUUGAAUGUUACCAGGCUCUCUUAUACUUCCCCUCAACAUAAGAGUCACCAUUUGAGUGUCCUGGAUCACAGUAAGUUCAAAAUCUAAACAUCUCCAGGCUGAACACGACCCCAGAGAUGUUUGUUAUAUGGAAACCAGCUUAGACUACAUUAAGUUGUCUCUCCAAAUUAAGAUUCAUGUAAUACAAAUGUCAGACCUACAGUAUGUUAGGCAUAGAUAUACUUGUGCAGUCAAUUUUCUAAAUGUGGACACUUGCACAGCAUACUGUAUUAGCAUGCAUUCCACUGCAUUUCAUAGAUUCAAGACUGUGGAUUACAACUUGUACAGAUGUUGAUAUGGAAAGACAAAGUGAAACGUGAACUGAGGUCCAUAAUUUUUACGUCUGGCAUUCCUUCGCGAGAUGAUAUUCUGUAACUGUACAGUUUAACUGAGGUGGUUCUUUUGCCCACUCAUCAAUAAAGACUCUACUUUUGAUGCA